GGGUUGGGCUGGGAAGGGCGGGGGUCUGUCCCUCCUGCCUCUCUGGGCUGGCGGGACCUCACGUGGCGCUGGGUGCCCUUGGGUCUGUCCAUUGCUGUGUGAGCCCAGAGACCUCCCUGGUCCCUGCCACUCUGUGAUCCCGUCCCUAUUUUUGACCUCCCGGCUGGAGGCACAGCCUGCCUUGACUUCCCUUCCUCCCCACCUCCAACCCAGGAGGACAGGGUCCCGGUGGGCAGAGUCUCCAGGGGCUGGGAGAAGGCCUGGGCCCUGCAGGCGGGGUCAGGCUGAAAUAUCACCGGGAGUUCCGAGUGCCAUUUUGCAUUUUCCAGUAGCCGUAUUAAGAGAGAAGAAACCAGCGGCAUUAAUUGUAACAGUGCAUCUUCACUCACCAGAUGCAUAAUGCUAUUGUUUCAAUACACGAUUCACAUAACAACACAGGCGAGAGCCUCCCCAGUCUUUGUCUGCGACCUGCAGCGUGCACUUGACGCUUACCGAACACCUUGGCUUGGGUGAGAAGCUGUUCCAGUAAUCGGAGUUAGCUGCCUGGGUCUAGGGGAUUCUGUACCGGACAGCACACGUCUGAAGCUUAGUGGGAGGGGGGGUGCAGGGAACCUGUAGGGACUGGCGCUGUGGACAGAUGAGGGUACAGAGGCUGCGCAGCCGGGGCAGUGGGCGUGACGGUGCCCUUUGCUGUCAGGAUUCGAAGUCCCUGAUUGGUGGUAACCGAGGUGUGGUGCGGCUUGGCCUGGCUCGGGGUCACGUGUCGGACGCAGACAGGAGCCCGGGGCGGAUGAUCUGAGCGGGCACCGACGUGAAUGCAGCAGUCCCGGUCCUGCCCCAGAUCUCGGCUUCUCAGCCGAUUUAUGGGGCCGGCGCUGUGGUGUAGUGGGUAAAGCUGCGCCUGCAGUGCCGGCAUCCCAUAUGGGCACCAGUUCGAGUUCCGGCUGCUCCACUUCCGGUCCAGCUCCCUGCUGUGGCUGGGAAAGCAGUGGAAGGUGGUCCAAGCCCUUGGGCCCCUGCACCCACGUGGGAGACCCGGAGGAAGCUCCUGGCUCCUGGCUUCAGAUCUGCGUAGCUCCAGCAGUUGCGGCCAGUUGGGGAGUGAACAGCGGAUGGAACUCUCUCCCCCUCUCUCUCUCUCUCCCUCUCUCUCUCUCUCUGCCUCUCCUUCUCUCUGUGUGACUCUGACUUUCAAAUAAAUAAAUAAAUCUUUAAAAAAUGAUUUAUUUAUUUAUUUGAAAGAGUUACGAAGAGAGGGAGAGGGAGAGAGAGAGAGAUCGUCCAUCCACUUGUUUACUCCCGCAGAUGGCCACGUGGCUGGGGCUGGUCCAGGCUGAAGCCAGGAGCCAGGAGCUUCCUCCAGUUCUCCCACAAGUGUGCAGGGGCCCAAGGGCUUGGACCAUCUUCCACUGCUUUCCCAGGAGCAUUGGCAGGGAGUUGGAUUAGAACUGGAGCAGCUGGGGUUCAAACUGGCGCCCAUGUGGGAUGCUGGCAUUGCAGGCGAUGGCCUAACGCGCUGUGCCAUGGUAGCAACCCCGUGUUGCAUUUCUGAACUCUAGAGUCUGUCUGGUGGUCUCCCUUGGAGCCGUCUUUUCAGUAACCAUGGGGAGAAGAGGAGGAGGCGUCCCCCAUGUCCCCUGGUGGCCUCUAGCAUUUGCCUGCUCCCUGGCUUCCUUGGAAAGAACCAGAGUCCCAGGAAAGCCCGUGUACCUGUGGAAGAGAGAGAUCGGUAGCAGCAGGAGCAGGGCCCUGGGAGGAUUAGAGCCGCCCGGCCAGUUUCUCAGGUCCCAGCCCUGCCAGGCGUGUGCCUUGCUGGUGUUGGGCAGGCGUGGCGGCAGCUGCUUGGGUGUGGUCCUGUGCUUCUGUCGAAGACACGUGCACGUCCUGGAGGGCGCUGGAGCAGUCACCCCUCCCCAUACCUGCUCUCCCCCGGUCAGAGGUUCUGCUGGGCGAGUGAUGAAGACGGACAGGUGGCGAGGCCGUGGCCAGGGCCAGCUGGGCGGCAAAGCUCCACCAGGGGGCUCCUCUCGGAUUCAUGCCACCCUCCCCGUCUUGGCUCUCGGUCCCAAUCCAAAACGAUGGCGCGUAGCAGGGGCAUAAAGCAGCCCCGCUCCGUGUUCAGUGAAAGGAUCGCACACAGCAGUGUGGACCUGGGGAGCAGCCACUCAGCCAGGCCACGGGGGCCAUGGGUGAGGGUGGGCGGAGGUCCCGGGCCUGGGGAGGGGGCUCUGUGCCAGGCGGGCCACACUGAGGCGGCCUCCGGGCUGGCUGUGUGGCAAGCAGGACACGCUGGGCAGUAACCUGGGCCCCGGCGCGGGCCAGAUGGCAGGGCCACUGCAGCCUGCUGGGGGCCCUGGGAGCGGCCGUGGGGUGUCCCAACAGCUGAGGGGCAGUCGCCUCUUAUAGAAGUUUGCUAAACGCUGCAAACCCUGGCCAUCUCCUCUGAGCCCUCGUGCGCUGUGAUGGGCUCAGGGAGGCAGGUGGCAUCCCUGAGGUCACACAGCGCCCCCACCCCCAAGGCAGCACUGGGACUCGGAUCGGGCCCAUCUGACUCAUUGCACGCCCUUGACUGGCAGACUGGCGGUCUCAGUGCCUCCUGCCCGGCAGGUCUGCUCUCCAGCUGAGUGUGCCGAUCACGGGCCGGAGGGUGACAACCCCCUGCCCCCUGCCCCCCAGCUGCUGCCCCUGUGGGACACCUGCGGCUCCCAGCUAACCCCCGUCUCUUUCUCUCUGUCUGUCUUUGUCUGUCUCCUCCUCGCUCCCUUCUGCCCCGGGGGAGGCUCGCCCUCUUCCCUCACAUCUUCUGGACAUCACCUCCCGCCUCUGUCUGUCCAUCUGUCUCCCGGGGCCCCGCCUCGCUCCCUGUGCCCGCCCUGCUCUCUCCGCAGGACCCUGCAGUGGACAUGGGUGGGGCUCUGGGGCUGGCCCUGCUGCUUACCUGGCUCCUGGGCGCCUGGGCGGGCCUGGGCCUGGGGCAGGGUGAGCAGGCUGUGACGGUCGCCAUCGUGUUCGGGAGCUCCGGGCUCCCGCAGGCCCAGGCCCGGCCCCGCCUCACCUCCCAGAACUUCCUGGACCUGCCCCUGGAGAUCCGGCCGCUCACCGUGGGCGUCAACAACACCAACCCCAGUAGCCUCCUCACCCAAAUCUGCAGCCUCCUGGGGGCCGCCCGCGUCCACGGCAUCAUCUUUGAGGACAACGUGGGCACCGAGGCGGUGGCUCAGCUCCUGGACUUCAUCUCCUCCCAGACCCACGUGCCCAUCUUCAGCAUCAGCGGGGGCUCUGCUGUGGUCCUCACCCCCAAGGAGCCGGGCUCCGCCUUCCUGCAGCUGGGCGUGUCCCUGGAGCAGCAGCUGCACGUGCUGUUCAAGGUGCUGGAGGAGUACGGCUGGAGCGCGUUCGCCGUCAUCACCAGCCUGCACCCGGGCCACGCGCUCUUCCUCGAGGGUGUGCGCGCCGCGGCCGACGCCGGCUACGUGGGCUGGCGGCUGCUGGACGUGCUCACGCUGGAGCUGGGGCCCGGCGGGCCGCGCGCGCGCACCCAGCGCCUGCUGCGCCAGGUCGACGCGCCCGUGCUGGUGGCCUACUGCUCGCGCGACGAGGCCGAGGUGCUGUUCGCCGAGGCGGCGCAGGCCGGGCUGGUGGGGCCUGGCCACGUGUGGUUGGUGCCCAGCCUGGCGCUGGGCAGUACCGACACGCCCCCCGCCGCCUUCCCUGUGGGCCUCAUCAGUGUUGUCACUGAGAGCUGGCGCCUCAGCCUGCGCCAGAAGAUCCGCGACGGCGUGGCCAUCCUGGCCCUGGGCGCCCAAAGCUACCGACGACAGCACGGCGCCCUGCCCGCGCCUGCCGGGGACUGCCGGGGUCAUGCUGGGCCCGUCAGCCCUGCCCGGGAGGCCUUCUACAGGCACUUGCUGAACAUCACCUGGGAGGGCCGAGACUUCUCCUUCAGCCCCGGUGGCUACCUGGUGCAGCCCACCAUGGUUGUGAUCGCCCUCAACCGGCACCGCCUCUGGGAGAUGGUGGGGCGCUGGGAACACGGCGUCCUCCACAUGAAGUACCCGGUGUGGCCUCGCUACAGCGCCUCCCUGCAGCCGGUGGUGGACAGCCGGCACCUGACCGUGGCCACACUGGAAGAGCGGCCCUUCGUCAUCGUCGAGAGCCCCGACCCCGGCACGGGUGGCUGCGUCCCCAACACCGUGCCCUGCCGCAGGCAGAGCAACCACACCUUCAGCAGCGGGGACGCCGCCCCCUACACCAAGCUGUGCUGUAAGGGCUUCUGCAUGGACAUCCUCAAGAAGCUGGCCAAGGUGGUCAAGUUCUCGUACGACCUGUACCUGGUGACCAACGGCAAGCACGGCAAGCGGGUGCGCGGUGUGUGGAACGGCAUGAUCGGGGAGGUGUAUUACAAGCGGGCGGACAUGGCCAUCGGCUCCCUGACCAUCAACGAGGAGCGCUCCGAGAUCGUGGACUUCUCCGUGCCCUUCGUGGAGACCGGCAUCAGCGUGAUGGUGGCACGGAGCAAUGGCACCGUCUCCCCCUCGGCCUUCCUGGAGCCCUACAGCCCCGCGGUGUGGGUGAUGAUGUUUGUCAUGUGUCUCACCGUGGUGGCCAUCACCGUCUUCAUGUUCGAGUACUUCAGUCCCGUGAGCUACAGCCAGAACCUCGCCAGAGGCAAGAAGUCCGGGGGCCCGUCUUUCACCAUCGGCAAGUCCGUGUGGCUGCUGUGGGCGCUGGUCUUCAACAACUCGGUGCCCAUCGAGAACCCCCGGGGCACCACCAGCAAGAUCAUGGUCCUGGUCUGGGCCUUCUUCGCCGUCAUCUUCCUCGCCAGCUACACCGCCAACCUGGCCGCCUUCAUGAUCCAGGAGCAGUACAUAGACACCGUGUCGGGCCUCAGUGACAAGAAGUUCCAGCGGCCUCAAGACCAGUACCCGCCCUUCCGCUUCGGCACGGUGCCCAACGGCAGCACGGAACGCAACAUCCGCAGCAACUACCGGGACAUGCACACCCACAUGGUCAAGUUCAACCAGCGCUCCGUGGAGGACGCGCUCACCAGCCUCAAGACAGGGAAGCUGGACGCCUUUAUCUACGACGCGGCCGUGCUCAACUACAUGGCGGGCAAGGACGAGGGCUGCAAGCUGGUCACCAUCGGCUCCGGCAAGGUCUUCGCCACCACGGGCUACGGCAUCGCCAUGCAGAAGGACUCCCACUGGAAGCGGGCCAUCGACCUGGCGCUGCUGCAGUUCCUGGGGGACGGAGAGACCCAGAAGCUGGAGACGGUCUGGCUGUCCGGCAUCUGCCAGAACGAGAAGAACGAGGUGAUGAGCAGCAAGCUGGACAUCGACAACAUGGCGGGGGUCUUCUACAUGCUGCUGGUGGCCAUGGGGCUGGCCCUGCUGGUCUUCGCCUGGGAGCACCUGGUCUACUGGAAACUGCGCCACUCCGUGCCCAGCACCUCCCAGCUGGACUUCCUGCUGGCUUUCAGCAGGGGCAUCUACAGCUGCUUUAGCGGGGUGCAGAGCCUGCCCAGCCCCGCGCGGCCGCCCAGCCCCGACCUCACAGCCGGCUCGGCGCAGGCCAGCGUGCUCAAGAUGCUGCAGGCGGCACGCGACAUGGUGACCACGGCGGGGGUGAGCAGCUCCCUGGACCGAGCCACGCGCACCAUCGAGAGCUGGGGCAGCGGGCGUCGCGCGCCCCCGCCGUCUGCCUGCUCGGCCCCCGGGCCCGCACCCUGCCCGUGUUCGCCCACUCCUAGGGCGCUCCCCGAACCGAGCCCCAGGGUUUGGGAUACGCCUGGCGGGAGCCGUGCCGCACUAGGGCGCAGGGGCCCGCAGCCCCCGUGCCGCCCCCCGACGCCCAGGCCGCAGCCGCUCGACGUCCCCCGGGUGUCCUGCCGGCCCACCUGGGAGGUACGGUGGCCGGUGCCGGCUGGGCGUGGUGGGCGGCGCUUCUCGGCCUCCGAGCGACGCACGUGGCCAGAGCGCCCCCUCUCCCCCGCGCGCUGCCGCUACAGCUCCUUCCCUCGGGCCGACCGGUCGGGACGCCCCAUUCUCCCACUCUUCCCGGAGCCCCCAGAGCCGGAGGACUUGCCGCUGCUGGGUCCCGAGCAGCUGGCCCGGCGGGAGGCUCUGCUGCGCGCGGCCUGGGCCCAGGACCGGCGCCCGCGCCACGCUUCCCUGCCCAGCUCGGUGGCCGAGGUCUUCGCUCGGCCCUGUCCGGGGCCUGUUGGGGGCAGCUGCACAGCCUGCUUGUGCCCCAGCGGGCGCCUGCCCUGUGGGCGCCUGGUGCAGGCACAGUCCAUGCGGCUGCCGUCCUACCGGGAGGCCUGCCUGGAGGGCGUGCCCACCUGGCGGCCCAGACAGCACACCUGCCUGCACGCCCACGCCCACCUGCCGUUUUGCUGGGGAGCUGUGUGCCCUCACCUCCCACCCUGUGUCAGCCACAGCCCCUGGCUCACAGGGGCUUGGGGGCCUCUGGCGUAUGGGGGCAGCAGGACCCUGGGGCUGAGCACGGGCUACAGGGACAGUGGAGGGCCGCGAGAGGCCGCCAGGGGAGCCUGUGGGACACAGGACUUUCCGGGACCGUGCACCUGGAGGCGGAUCUCCAGCCUGGAGUCGGAAGUGUGAGCGCCAGGCACUCUGGUUCCCCGUCUGGCACUGCCAGGGACGGGGGCCCCAAAGGCUGGGGCUCUUCCGGCAUCUGCUGGCCCCGGGUGACCGUGAUGUCUUCCAUGGCCACUUCAGUGACCUCAGCAGCCUAGGUCCUGGUGUGAGACCCAGCCUUUGCUGUCCCCUUGUGCCGCAUCCCGCUCGCCCAGCCUGGAGGCACAGGAGCAGUGGGGUCAGACCGCAGGGUCUGCCUGCCCGGAGUCUGCCGAUCCUUGGCCGUGGCUGCUGCGGCCUGGGGCGCGGAGGCCAGAACUUGGGGUUGAGGCGAGGCCAAGCCACUCCUGCUCCACCCACUAGAGAGAGAGCACUGGGACAAUAAACCCACCUUUGAC